UGGCGAAUUUGAGCACGAAGCGGCUCUGCACGAACGAGAGGUUUACAGUUCGCCAGGACUCGGAUUGCUGGAGGUCUAAACUCAUUCGCAGUGUCGGUCUUGACAGAAUCUCAGAUUUGCUUCUUAGGACACAAAUUCUGGAAGAUAUCAGGCUUUUGAACGAUUGUAAGCCUCCAGGUGUCUCAAAUUCAUCAUUUGAUGAAAAAUGUCUUUUCUGCUGCUUAAGACGAGAGAAAGUGAAGGAGCAUAUAACCGCACUCAACAAACAGAUAGUGGAAAGUGGAGGGAAACCUUUACUUGGUAAAGAUCCUUCUAAUAUCAGCAGGCUCGAGUGGCAGUCUGAGGAAUUCCUCAAGGCAGUGUUACACAGAAAUGAAUACACACCUAGAAUUCCCGAUCCGCACAUCCCUGUGGUGGCUUGUGGUGUCAUGCAGCAGAUGCUCAGCAAGUUAACUACAUAUUAUACCUCAAGAAACAGCUGCUCUCAGGACUCCUUUCAAAACAAUGGAAAAAAGGACCAAAGCCUUGUGAAAACCAGCCAAGUCACGUUGUCUGGUGCUGUCGGUGUAGCAUCUGCUCAGAAUAAGCUCAUCAUGGUGGACCAGGAUGCCCCGCUGGACCUCUCUGUGAAAAAGAUCAAAGUAGAGGACAUCCAGCAAGAUGGAGUUCUUGACCUUUCAACUAAGAAGAAUUUAAGCAAAGACCAUUUGUGUUUAAAGAAUUCUCAUGUCCACGUCAGUCCAGAUGCACAUUUGGUCAAAAGGGACUCCAUCGAUCUGAGUCUUGCCCAAGUGGGGGAUCUACAGUCGGCCUCCACUUUGGAACAGUUCAUGUCUAAGCUGUGUUUGCAUCAUCAGCAUCAGAUAGUUGACGCAUUAGGGUUCUUACAAAGCGAAGUCAAGACUGUGUCCAACCAUUUCCAAGCACCUAUUUCAACCUUGUCUGAGAAGCAAGCAACAACCAGCUGCAGUACAGUGUCCUCUGAAAGCAGGUCUGAGGUUCAGCGGCCUGAAAGAACUUGCUCUGUGGAUGCUGCUUUGAGCAUUAAGACUCAAUCUGUUGCUAGAAGUCAAAUAACUACUUUAGAGGAUUUAAACGCUGAUGUUAGCAGUAUUGCAACCUGUGAAAAAACAGUUGACAUUUGUAAGCAAGAAGAUUUCUCAUCUUCAUCAUCUUGUGGAACAGUUGUUGAGUCGGGAAAUGCAAGUUCUCCAGUGACAAAGACAACUACUGAUCAUCAGGAAAUUAAAAAGUCUUUAGGUUCAAGCCUUCAACAAGUUAAACAUGGGGAUUCUGUAAAGAAAUGUCUGUGCAGUGCUGAGCGGUGUACAUGUACUGCGGCAUCUGAUCAAGAAGACCUGCUAUCAAAACACACAGAUACGUCUUCGGUUGCUCAAAAUGAGGAUGCAGUUGUAAACCCUUCAACAGUUCACAAAACAUCUAAUGUUGUUUUAUCAGUUUCUCCAAGAACAGCCAGGAAAAGCAGAAAAGGAUCAUGCCUCAGGCCAAGGAAUGGCUCUUUAAGCUGUAUUAUUAGUGAUCCUGAUAGCCACUGUGACUUGGUUUAUAUUAAAAAAUCAAUAAUAGAAUGUCAACCUCAAUCUCGUAAUAGACUUCAUCCACGACUGAAUGCCCGAAAGAGCACAAGAGGGCACAAGUACGUUGAGGAGUAUUUAGAGCUAAAAACAGUCCGUACACUAGCACGUAAACCUAUACAUGGUUCCAUUGGGAAUUGUCCCGUGCUUUUGGCAGACUUGCAAACUUCAGUAACUCCGAGGCAGACUCUUUCUGGAAGCGUUCCUCUGGUAAAUGCGCCUUUUACAGGGGACUGCAUGAAAAACAUUAUUCAGAAGUUAUCAUCGGAGCAGAUAGCGGAGGAGGAAAUGCCAGGGGAUGUGGUAAAAGUUACCGGUAUAAGUCUGAUGGUUGAAACCAGUCACACCGAUAAAACUGAAACAAAUAGUCAAAUUUCCCAUGAGCCUUCAUGUAAGGAGAGUGAAGCAAGUAUGCAGAUAGAUGUGAGUUUAGAAACUGUGAGUUGUACUCCAAAUGCAGUAGAAGUUCCAGCAGAAAACAUAGAUGUGGAAGAAGCCAAAGAGUCCACAGAAACAACAGAACUGGCUGUAGAGACAGAACAGUGUGAUCCCCCAGUUGUACCUAUCGAAGAAGAACAGUGUGAUCCCCCAGUUGUACCUAUUGAAGAAGUACAGUGUGAACACCCAGUUGUACCUAUUGAAGAAGUACAGUGUGAACACCCAGUUGUACCUAUUGAGAAAGAGGUGGACUGUGGUACUGAGAGUAAGGCUAAGUGUGAAGAUCAGUCUUUGGAGCCAUCAUUGAGCCCUGCAUCCCAUAACAUGGACCCAGAGUCUUCUACUAUUGAAAUUAACGUUGAACAGAAUAAUGAGAGGGAAUCUACGAGCCUGGAGACUGAUACUGCAGAUGUCCAAGAACCAUCAGAGGCAUCAGAAGUGAAGAUAAACACUGAGGAGGACAAAAAUGCUCAAGAGCAAACAUUGGGGGAUGUUGAUACCAAUCUCCAAAUGCUACCGGAGAAGGAGGAAGAGGAUUUAUCAGGGUCUAAAAUUGCAGAGGUUUCAACUCUUCAACCCCUUGCAAAUUGUAAGGACACAGAUUCUAUUACUCCAAAAGUUUUAAAUACAAAACAUACAGUGUCUUCAGAUAGAUGUUUGCGCAGUAGAGUUUCAAAAGGAAGUGUUGACGUAGUGAAAGACUCUGUGAAGCAUGGUGCGUCUGAACCUGUUGAUCAUGCCAAUGAUGCAAACACAAAGACUCAGUCUGCUGAAACUAGUGUUUGUACUGGGGAAGAGCAUAAUUCUGAGCCUGUAGAGAUUCCUAUAGAGAAACCUAACCAUCAAGUUAUAACUAAUGCAGUCAAAACAACACCAAAAGCAAAAGGUGGGAAAGCCAAGCAACAAAGUCCAAAAGUUGAAAUGAAUGAGCUUCCGAGUGUUUUGCCUCCUGAAGUACUUCCGGAGACUAUAAGCACUGCUUCCAAUACUACAGAGAGUGAAAAACAACACAAAAUGAAAUGUCAAGCCUCUGAAAACUUGACACUUAGAAGUAAAAGUAGUCCUAUUGAACUGCUGGUUAGUGGAGACUGCUCUCCCAACAAAAAGUCUCCACAUAGCUCUGAAAAUAUGCUUUUGAGGAGCAGAAGUAACACUGAAAGGCUUGCUGGUAGUAAAUCAAACAGUCUAACUGAAGGCCAUUUAGAGACGCAAGGGCAGACGCCUUUAAGAGGAAACGGUUCUGCAAGUGAUCAAGGGAGUAUUGGUGAUUUGUGUACACCUUCAGAGAGCGUAACCCGUAUGCCUUUAAGAAGCAGGACUAUUAGCGCUAAUAAACAAUCUGUUACCAGAGAAUCUCCUGUUAAGGGUUCCAUUAAAAGUGAACCUGUUAGUUCACCCUCCAGUAAGAGAACAGAGGCCACUGGGCACAUGCCUUUAAGAAGCAGUGCCGGCGUAACAGCAGAACAACCCUGCAAUGACAAAUCUGCAUUAGAGAGCCCUGGGCGUAUGUCUUUAAGAAGAGGGAACACAUCAAAUACAGAAAAGCCUUGUGGCUCAACAACACCCCCUACUACAAAUAAACGUCCUUCGAGGAUACAUAAGGUUUCGGCAUCCUCAAGCGGGGAUGCCGAAGAGAUUCCAUCCAGUUCAAAACUCGAAAUACAAAAUAAAAAGCAUACAGAGUCCCAGAUAAAAGGUUCUGAUGAAUCCUUCCAUGUAUCCAGUCUUCAAAGGUCUGAACCAAUUGUUUGUAAUCCAUCCAGAUUUUUGGAGGCCCUCAGAGGAGAAGAACACCAGCAAUUAAUUUCAAAUUUAAACGCAAAGUUUGAUAAGAUGCAGAAAGGCUGGGUUCAGAUAGACAAGGAGGGUCAGGGUGCAACCAAAAACAAAAACAAAGCAGACAGGCUUAAAGAAAUCUGGAAAAGCAAGCGCAGAGUCCGAAAGUCAAGACCGUUAGAGCAGCAAAAGUUUUCCCCUGUGCAAAUGCUCUUCAUGAAGCCCUUUGACUUGACUAGUAUCUGCCGCUGGUUCCUGCAGUCGACUGAAACUAAAUCCCUGGUGAUUGUGAAAAAGGUGAACACCAGACUUCCCUCUGAAACGCAAUUGUGUUUCCACUCUUCGUCAGCAGGAGCGGGGUCUGCUAACGGGAUAUUCCCAAGCCUCCAAGCUGAACGAUUAAAGAAACAUCUGAAAAAGUUUGCUAUUGCAUCGCCGGUGAAGAGUAACCCCAAGAAUCAAAGGUUAAUCUCAAAAGCUCUAGGUCAGGGCAUCUCAGUGAUGAGUAAAGAAAAGCCUAAACCUACAACAGCCACUAGGAUCUGUACGAAAGCGCAGAGUCUUGCUGGAGUUACACCAGUGCAGGUUCCCGAGAGCAUCAGUGCGACCGCAGGCAGUGCGAAGAAUCCAGCAAGUGCUAGAAUACUUCGGAAGUACUCGAACAUGCGUGAGAAACUUCAGGUUCAGCAAAACAAGAAAUGCAAAGAGAAAGCAUUAAAAAGUGCUAGUUUAAAAGCGACGAUUAUUCCAAAGAAAGACGACAAAGAGAAACUGCAGAUGCAAAAAGGGCCAAAAUCGGAGGUUGUUAAAAAGAUCUCCUCUUUGAGCAAGACGGCAAAGGCAAACUCUGUCUUAAAAGAGCGGGUUUUAAAAAGUAAAGGUGGCUCCUCUACAAAGAGGUUGCAGGGACUCAAAAGAAUAACAAAAGCCAUUGGUGCUCACGCCUCCGCAAACAAAUUGAGCAAAAAACUGAUCAGAACUGAUAGAGCACAACGAGUGAAAACGAUUAAAGUUGACUCAAAGAAAUCAGCGCUCCAGAAAAUCCCUUCAGAACCACAGACUUUAGAUGUGGACAAUAAGUCUUCGGAGGACCAAGUGUUGACUAGGUCUCAAAGAAAGAUGGAAGGUGCUCCUCCGCAGACGGCCUCUCCGAAAUCCGCCAUGAAGCGAGGCUUGGAGCCGCUGGUCACUCCAACAAAACGUACAAGGACCUCAAAACCAUGAAAUAUGUACAGGAUCCCUCUAGAAACUUAAGCUGCAGUGUUUUACAAGAGUGCUGAUACUGGUCAAAAUCGAAGGACAGAUUUAUAUUUGAAGCUAUUUUUUUAAGCUUGGCAGUGCAUUUUUCAGAGUUUCGAUUGUAUUGUCAGAUGAGAGAGAUUUUGCUAGUUUGGUCAAAGAAGUUUUUCUUUUUCAGCAUCACGUUUGUCCAAAUAUGCUUUAAGAAAUUAUUUGUUUGUCAUUUUUCCCCACUGAUCGGUCCAUUACAGAAAAAAAAAAGUCAAACUGAAUUAAGGUUUGGAUUCCCAUGCAUGGGGCAUUUUAAACAUGGAACAUGAAAUUAACUGUAAUUCACUUCUUAGUUUGAAUGUUGUACAGCUUAUUAUUAGAAACACUUGUAAAAUUGAACCAGAUAUUAUUUAAGGAAUAAUCCACACUUUUACAACAGUAGUUUUAGCGAAUUAAAGUGGCUUUGUACCCUGAAUAAUGUGCCUUUUUUCUUAUCUGUAUUUAUAAUGGAGGAUGCCUCUAGAAAUAAAGCCUCAUUAUUUUUGCACAUAGAUAAAGAGAGAGAUUUGUCCCAAAAUUCUUACGACUUUCUUUUUUUUAAAUGAGUUUUCCUCCUCUGGAAUUCCUAAUUUAGUUUUUUCUUUUUAGAGCACUGAAGUUUAAAUGUGUAGUUUCAUCUGGUCUGUCCGUGUCAUAUUGAUGAUGAUGAUUUGUACAUACAGUAGUUUCUAUUGCUGGUUUCUUAAGUAGAUUAACGAGUAUGCAUUAUGGACUCACACUUCAAAAACAGCUGUAUUUAUGAUGGAAGCUAUGCAAGUGUACAGGUUUUAUACUACAUUUUUCUUCUCUAAUUUAUCUAGUUUGUGAAUCAUUUAGGUGGAAUAAAAAUGCAUUGUUUUUUUCUGUUUAGAAACACUGACGUCAAAUAAAUCAUCUUCAAUGUG